UCAAACAGCAGUGAACUGAUAAUUUGUCUGUGAUGAUCCAGUUUUUCUAGUAAUUAAGAAUCAGUAACUUUACAAUGAUGCAUCAAGACUUGAAAAACACUCAUAAUAAAAACAAAAAAGUCAGAAAAAUGAAUCUCAACCAUUGAUGAAAUACUUAGGCCAAAAUAUCAGUCUGUGGCUUGAGAGAGAGUGGAUGAGAAGCUUUAUUUAUUUUUGACUGAUAAUGUAAAUUAAGCUUAAGAUAUUUUGAGCAGAUUAUUUAGUUGAAGUUGAAUGCAUUGAUCAGUUUCUUGGCAUUUUUCUUGCAAAAAUACUUAUAUAAACAGAUCUCAUCAUCCCAUUUUAGCAUCAAACAUACAGCAAUCUAAUACAUGAUGAUGAACCUCAAAAAAGUAUCCAUCUUUGCUUUGCUAAUCGUCCUUGCUGCUCAGGCGUUGGAGGGCCGACUUCAAUCCUGCAACCCGAGUGGCAAAAUCAGAGGAAAGAAGCCACCUCCGGGGCAAUGCAACCAGCAAAAUGACUCCGAUUGCUGUAAACAAGGGAAGCUCUACACCACUUACAAAUGCUCUCCCCCCAUUUCUGGAAGCACGAAAGCAGUUCUCACCAUCAACAGCUUCCAGAAGGGUGGAGAUGGAGGCGGCCCAUCAGAAUGUGACAAUCAGUACCACUCUGAUGACACACCAGUCGUCGCCCUAUCAACUGGUUGGUACAGCGGAGGGAGCAGAUGCCUCAACAACGUAACUGUAAGUGGCAAUGGCCGGAGCGUGACAGCAAUGGUGGUGGAUGAGUGUGAUUCCACCAUGGGAUGUGAUGAGGAUCACGAUUAUCAGCCACCGUGUCCUAACAACAUUGUUGACGCCUCAAAGGCUGUCUGGAAGGCCUUGGGUGUUCCUGAAGGCGACUGGGGCGAGUUGGAUAUUACUUGGUCUGAUUCGUGCAAGCCGAGUGGCACGAUAAAGGGCACGACUCCACCACCGGGGGAAUGCAAUCAGGAGAACGACUCUGACUGCUGCAAAGCAGGGGAGUCAUACACCACCUACAAGUGCUCUCCCCCCGUUUCUGGAAGCACGAAGGCUGUUCUGACCCUCAACAGCUUCCAGAAGGGUGGGGACGGAGGCGGCCCAUCAGAGUGCGACAACAAGUACCACUCUGACGACACGCCUGUUGUGGCGCUCUCGACUGGAUGGUACACCGGAGGAUCAAGGUGCCUCAAGAACAUUGUCAUCAGUGGCAAUGGGCAGAGUGUGACUGCCAUGGUGGUUGAUGAGUGUGACUCGACAAUGGGAUGCGAUGAUGACCACGACUACCAGCCUCCGUGUCCUAACAACAUCGUUGACGCCUCAAAAGCCGUCUGGAAAGCAUUGGGAGUGGAUGAAGGUGACUGGGGAGAGUUGGAUAUCACUUGGUCUGAUGCCUAAUUCAGUUUAUGUGUUUGAUCCAGUUUUUAUGUCAUUGUAAGAUUAUGUUGUGAGAAUUCUUGAA